AUGUCGAAUACAAGUGUGAUCACCCUGGACUCAACCGUGCCAGCCGCCGAAUCGUCGUCCGUCACCAUCAAAACCGAGGGGGAAAAUAAACCGGCCCUGUCUGAAUACAAUGCUUCUUCAACAUCGUCCUCGGAACUCGUCGCGGCCAUUUGUCGUGACGGAGGCGUCAUCGUCCGGAACUUUGCUUCCAACUCGACCCUUGGCGCCCUCGAGCAGGAGCUUCGACCUCACCUCGAAGCCGACGAAGGCUAUGAGGGCGAAUUCUUUUCCAAGGAAACCCGGAAAGCCCAAGGCCUUGCGGGCAGGUCACCAACCUUCUGCAAGGACAUUCUUGCCAACGAUCUGUGGCGCGGGGUCUACGAAACAUUUCUCACCACCACGACCAAAUCAUGGACUGGUGAUACGCUCCACGAAUGCGUUUCUCGCCCUCAGCUCAGUUCUUGUGCGGUGAUUGCUAUCCGUCCAGGCGGCAAAGCACAACCCCUCCACCGGGAUGAUAUGGUGCAUCAUGUGGACAAUCCAGCCAUCACAGCUGACCAAUAUCAAAUUGGAAGAGACACAAGCGUUGGUCUCUUCCUGGCGGGAACCAAGACUACAAGGAAAAACGGAGCCACGCGAUUCCAACCGGGAAGUCAUCUGCAGGCGACAAUAAAUCCGCCCAACGAGCAAGACUCGGUCUACGCAGAAUUGGAGGCGGGCGAUGCUUUCAUGAUGCUGGCGUCCUGCUACCAUGGCGGAUCUGCGAACAAGACUGCGGACGAGGAAAGAGUAGUUUAUAUUCACUUCAUGAUCAAGGGAUAUCUACGUCAGGAGGAGAAUCAAUACCUGGCGGUUCCGCGAGAGCAAUUGCUCCAAUACCCCGAAUUCGUCCAACGGAAAAUUGGCUACGAAAUCAGCGAGCCUUAUCUUGGCUGGGUGAAUUUGGCCGACCCGCUAAAGUUCGUAAAAGGGGAGGAGACGCAAAUGAGUGAUUUAUACUGA